UACUCGGCUGUGUAUUGCAGUAACACGGACUGAAAUUAAAACGAUUACUGCUGUACAAUUGUGACCGCAACAGCAUAAUAUUUCACAAUCACCAAAUGCUGCCUGUGCCAAAUUCAGUAUCAGAAAGGAUCGCGAGAGCUCUGACGAGUUGUGAAAUGCAAAACUGGGUCCCUUUAACAUGGAACAUUUGUGAACCUUGACCGACUGCGCUUAGUGAGCCCUCGGUCCCUGCGUUGCUCAGUGAGCCCUCGGUCCCUGCGUUGCUCAGUGAGCCCUCGGUCCCUGUGUUGCUCAGUGAGCCCUCGGUCCCUGUGUUGCUCAGUGAGCCCUCGGUCCCUGCGUUGCUCAGUAAGCCCUCGGUCUCUGUGUUGGUCAGUGAGCCCUCGGUCCCUGUGUUGCUCAGUGAGCCCUAGCGGAAGACGGCGAUCACGUGAAAGCGCCCAGAGAUGGAGGUGAGGUCGGCGCUGCGCUCCCUCUGCUUGUCUCUGAGCUUCGGCUGCACUCUGUGCGCCUUCCCUGGGAAUCACCCAGCACUCGGCACCGCAGGACAAUUCUGGCACAUAACUGACUUGCAUUUGGAUCCAACCUAUCACUUGACUGAUGAUCCUACCAAAGUUUGCUUUUCAUCAAUGGGGCGUCCAGCAAAGCAUGCAGGACCUUAUGGCGACUAUUUGUGUGAUUCACCAUAUAAACUUAUCCAGUCUGCUCUUAAGUUUAUGAAAGAUGCUAAACUUCAACCUUCUUUUGUGAUAUGGACUGGAGAUAGCCCUCCCCAUGUACCAGUUGGAGAGCUUUCAACAAAGAUUGUGAUUGACAUUCUCCGUAAUAUGACGCAGACGAUCCAGGAAUAUUUUAAAGAUCUACAGGUUUUUCCUGCAUUGGGAAAUCAUGACUACUGGCCACAGGACCAACUUCCUGUUAACAGAAGUGAUGUUUACAAUGCAGCAGCUGAUAUGUGGAAACAAUGGUUGACACAAGAUGCACGUUGGACCUUGCAAAAAGGUGGGUUCUACACCCAGAUCUUUAAUUGUAAUGUUACCCAACAGACCCUCAGGAUAAUCAGCUUAAACACAAACUUGUACUAUAGUCCCAAUAAAGAGACUGAGGGAAUUCCUGACCCUGCUGGGCAGUUUGUGUGGCUUGAAAAUACACUGAAGAAAGCUCAACAAAACAAAGAGAAGGUUUAUCUCAUUGCACAUGUUCCUCCAGGCUACUUGCCAGACUCAGUGGACACCACUGCAAUAAGGGAGAAAGAUAAUGAAAGGCUGGUGCAAAUGUUUCGCAAAUACAGUGAGAUUAUUGUUGGACAGUUUUUUGGUCAUACUCACAGGGAUAGCAUAAUGGUCCUUCUGGAUAAUCAAGGGAAUCCUAUCAACUCUCUAUUUGUUGCACCAGCUGUAACUCCUCAAAGACAAUCCUUGAAUGGUGUAACCAAUAAUCCAGGAUUACGCUUGUACAAGUAUGACACAGAUGACUACACAUUAUUGGAUAUAUGGCAGUAUUACUUGAAUCUUACUGAAGCCAAUGAGGAGAAAAUACCUGACUGGAAGUUGGAAUACAUCAUGACUGUAGCCUAUGGCAUAAAAAAUAUACAACCACAAUGUUUGUACAAUUUAGCUAAUACAUUCAUUGGUCCACAUAGUCAGAAGUUCCAAAUGUAUUAUAAUCAUUAUAUUGUCAGUUACAAUUCCAGCAUGGAAUGUGUUGGCCUUUGUAAAGUGAAACAGAUAUGUGCUAUAAAAUAUUUAGAUCGUGCUUCAUACAUGAACUGCAUUUUAAGGGAAUAAAGUAAGGCCCUGUCAAAGAAA